AUGGAUAAAGGUCCUUUGGCUGCUUGCGGUGGUAUCUUUCGAGACUGGCAAGCAAAUCACAUUUUGAGCUUCAAUGCUUAUAUUGGGGAAGGUUCUCCGGUGGUGGCGGAAUUUUUGGCUACUGAUGUUAAAUCUAUUAUUCUGGAUAUUUGUACCAAUGAGGAUAGUCGAACUGCAGGGCGUUUUGCUGUUAUGUUAGAUGUGAUCUGGAAUAAUAGAAAUAAUGCUAUUUGGAAUAAUGAAAGUGAAGAGGCUUCUAAGCUGGGUCAGCAAGCGUUUUACAGGUGGCAAGAUUGGUUUUCAGCGCAAAAUGGGGAACAAAGUGGGGAAAGCGCUCAACCCCAACUGAUUUGGGUUCCGCCAGAUACAGGUACUGCUUGGGAUUCUAAUCUUCUCCCCGUUGUCGAGGCAGAGGCUGUGGCCCUGCAGGAGGCAAUCCAUGGUGCUAUAGAAAACCAGCUGGAUAAAGUCAUAUUUGAAAGUGAUUCCCUAAGGGUGGUUCAGGCGAUUCACUCCAACCAUAGUGGUAAUUCUGAAUUUAGUGUGAUUAUCUUAUCUAUUCAGAGAUUGUUACAAUGUUAUUCAAACUUUGAGGUUAAGUUUAUAAAACGCCAAACGAAUAUGGUUGCCCACUCGUUAGCGAAGGCGGCCAAUUCUUGGUCUAGGCGUAGCAAUUUUAAUGUACCUCCUCCUUGUAUCGAACAUAUUCUGAUUAAUGAAAUGUGUUAA